AUGGGCAACGACUUGGAUCAGGAUGGCUCGAGCUCAAAGGAGGAUCAAGACACUCACAAGCUGCGAAGAGUGGGCAACAACUUGGAUCAGCAUGGCUCGAGCUCAAAGGAGGAUGAAGACACUCACAAACUGCAAAGAGUGGGCAACAACUUGGAUCAGCAUGGCUCGAGCUCAAAGGAGGAUCAAAACACUCACACCCUGCGAAGAGUUGGCAGCGACGUGGAUCAGCAAGGCUCGAGCUCGAAGGAGGAGGAUCAAGACACUCACACGCUAGUGGGCAAAGGCUCGGAUCAGCAUGGCUCGAGCUUGAAGGAGGAUGAAGACACUCACAUACUGCGAAGAGUGGGCAACGACUGGAAUCAGCAUGACUCGAGCUCGAAGGAGGAUCAAGACAAUCACAAACUGCGAAGAGUGGGCAAAGGCUCGGAUCAGCAUGCCUCGAGCUCGAAGGAGGAUCAACACACUCACCUCCUGCGAAGAGUGGGCAACAACUUGGAUCAGCAUGGUUCGAGCUCAAAGGAGGAUCAAGACACUCACGUUCUGCGAAGAGUGGGCAACGACUGGAAUCAGCAAGACUCGUGUUCGAAGAAGGAUGAACACUCACAUGCUGUCAACGGAUGGGCAACGACUUGGAUCUGGAUGGCUCGAGCUCAAAGCAGCAUCAACAGACGUACCACCUGCAAACAAACACCCAACGUAAAUGAGAGCAACUUUCGAAUAUUCCCGUAA